GUACGAAAUAGGAUAAAAGGCGCUGCAUGGAUUCGGAACUGUGAUACUUCUUUCCUCAAUAUAUGAAACGUUAACAAAAGUUUUUUUCCCCUACCACUAGCAGAACAGCGGGGAACUGACUUGUUAGACACUAUCCAAGGAUGACAGCUCUUAGCGAAGAUUUGCUUGUAACUGUCAACAAGCUCCAAGAUCUCGUUUUCAAUACGAUCGGAAAUGACUCUCUUGACUUGCCGCAGAUUGUUGUCGUGGGGUCUCAAUCAUCCGGCAAAUCGUCUGUACUUGAGAACAUUGUUGGCAGAGACUUCUUACCAAGAGGGAGUGGCAUAGUCACAAGACGCCCUUUGAUCUUACAACUCAUAAAUAUUCCAAGCGAACGACACGACAGGCCCGAAGGUGACGAAGUUCAUAUACCUCAUACAGCUGCAAGCGUCGCGGGACAGUAUGAAUGGGCAGAGUUUCAUCAUCUUCCUGGCCGCAAAUUCGACGACUUUGCUCAGGUUAAGCAGGAGAUUGAAGCGGAAACUGCAAGGAUAGCCGGAAGCAAUAAAGGAAUCAACAGACAACCCAUCAAUCUCAAAAUAUUCUCACCCCAUGUACUCAAUCUUACGAUGGUUGACUUGCCAGGGUUGACAAAAGUGCCUAUUGGGGACCAACCGUCUGAUAUCGAAAAGCAAACUCGGGCCCUGAUACUUGAAUAUAUAGCGAAGCCGAACAGUAUCAUCUUAGCAGUUUCUCCUGCCAAUGUUGAUCUUGUCAAUUCCGAAGCGCUGAAGCUUGCUCGUCAAGUGGACGCCAUGGGCCGAAGAACGAUUGGAGUUUUGACCAAGCUCGACCUCAUGGAUCAUGGCACAAAUGCUAUGGAUAUCCUUUCCGGACGUGUCUAUCCUCUGAAGCUGGGGUUUAUUGGUGUUGUCAAUCGAUCACAACAAGAUAUUCAGUCGGGAAAGGCCUUAUCCGAUGCUCUUCAUGCUGAAGUCGAUUUCUUCAGACAUCAUCCGGCCUAUCGGAAUAUGGCAAAUCGGUGUGGUACGCAGUUCCUCGCGAAGACACUGAAUACAACCUUGAUGUCCCAUAUCCGAGAUCGGCUACCCGACAUCAAAGCGCGCCUCAAUACACUCAUGGGUCAAACACAGCAAGAACUUGCAAGUUAUGGCAACAAACAGUUCAGUGGGAAAGAGCACCGUGGAUCUUUGAUUCUGCAACUUAUGACGCGCUUUGCUUCUUCUUUCAUAUCUUCCAUUGACGGAACAUCUUCUGAAAUAUCGACCAAAGAGCUCUGUGGAGGGGCGAGAAUAUAUUAUAUCUUUAACUCCGUUUUCGGCAAUUCUCUCGAAACGAUUGAUCCGACACAUAACUUGACUGUCACGGAUAUUAGGACCGCUAUCCGGAACUCGACUGGCCCUCGUCCAAGCCUUUUCGUUCCAGAACUAGCCUUUGACCUACUUGUUAAGCCCCAGAUAAAAAUGCUAGAGGCUCCUAGUCAGAGGUGUGUUGAACUAGUCUAUGAAGAGCUCAUAAAGAUUUGCCAUACGUGUGGUUCACAGGAACUUCUCCGCUUCCCACGGCUCCAGGCAAAACUGAUAGAGGUGGUUUCCGAUCUCCUUCGUGAGCGUCUCGGGCCCUGCUCAGCGUACGUUGAGUCACUCAUCUCCAUACAAAGAGCCUAUAUCAAUACAAACCAUCCAAAUUUCCUGGGCGCAGCAGCGGCCAUGUCAUCCGUCAUUCAGAACAAACAGGAACAGGAAAGACGGGCGGUAUUAGCCGAUGACCGAAGAAAGCGGGAGAAGAGACGGCUGAAAGAGCUUGGAGGAUUGAAUGGAAAUUCAACUGCGUCCCCCGAAGAUGAAGACGAACAGCAGUCGGAAUCAAGGGCACAGAAUAUCCCUGUCAGGAGUCAACCUGCAAAGGGUACCAGGAGCAUGUCCCCUCAGUUUGGUAAAGGACAAGAAGGUGGCGUGACGGCAACACUAAAUGGUGCGCAUGCAAAUUCUCAAGCGGCUUUUGGGACCACCAACACCACGCGCGAUUCGUUUCUCAACUACUUUUUUGGCAAGGACGGCCCACAACCUGCCAAUUCAUUGCCUCAGCUCUCGAGCCAGAACCGUCAAUACACCAACCUCAACGAAGCAAACAUCAGCCACGGGAUUCGCAGAACGGAUAUGCGUUCUACUGCCCUACCAGCUGAGGAGUACGUGGCUCCUGUAGAAUAUAGUGGCGACGUCGGUGUCGCUCCCAAGGAAGAUUCUGAGGCGGUUCUCUCUGACCGUGAAAUGGUGGAGACAGAGUUGAUUAGUCGGCUAAUCUCCUCUUACUUUAAUAUUGUGAGGGAAACUAUUGCUGAUCAAGUUCCUAAGGCUAUCAUGCAUCUCCUUGUCAAUCACAGCAAAGAUGUUGUGCAAAAUAGGCUUGUGAGCGAGCUUUAUAAAGAAGACCUUUUCGCGGAGCUUCUUUAUGAGGAUGAUGGCAUCAAGGCGGAGAGAGAGAAGUGUGAAAGACUGCUAGACACAUACAAGGAAGCAGCGAAGAUUGUUGGCGAAGUACUGUAAGUUUCGUGUAUUGGAGCUGACAGGAAGGGGUCUCGUCCGGAUUAUGUUCUCAUAAGACAUCAAAGUUCGGCCUUUGGUUCUGAUAACGUUGGGAGGAUCCUGAUGCUGCUUUUUUUUGUAAUUAUACACUAGAGUUUGGCUUACUACAUGAGCCGCAGUAAUACACAGUAGCUUCGUGUGAACUAUAAGGCAAUGAUGUUUAAUUUAU